CCUGCGCUCGCCUUGCAGCCGCCGGCCUUCGGGUUCCUCUUCGACGUGGACGGGGUGCUGGUGAGGGGCAGCCAGGCGGUGCCCGCCGCCCGCCAGGCCUUCCGGAGGCUGGCGGACAGCAGCGGGCGGCUCCGGGUGCCGGUCGUCUUCCUGACCAACGCCGGCAACUGCCUGAGGUCGGCCAAGGCCCGAGAGCUCUCCCAGGCGCUAGAGCUGCAGGUGUCUCCGGAGCAGGUGAUCCUGUCCCACAGCCCCCUGCGCCUCUUCAGCCAGUUCCACCACAAGUGCAUGCUGGUGGCCGGGCAGGGGCCCGUGGAGGAGAAUGCCCAGGACCUGGGGUUCAAGCAUGUGGUCACCAUGGAGGCACUGCGAAAGGCAUACCCACUGUUAGACAUGGUGGACCACAGCCGGAGGCCGAAGGAGUUGCCACCUCCAACCACUGGCUUCCCCACUAUAGAAGGGGUGGUUCUCUUUGGUGAGCCAGUGAGGUGGGAAACAAGCCUGCAACUUAUUAUUGAUGUACUCUUGAGCAACGGGAACCCUGGGGCAGAGCUGCAAGACAUACCAUACCCCCAUCUGCCUGUCCUUGCCUGCAACAUGGACCUCCUGUGGAUGGCUGAAGCAAAGAUGCCCAGGUUUGGCCAUGGCACUUUCCUGCUGUGCUUGGAGAGCAUCUACAAGAAAGUGACGGGCCGGGAGCUGAAGUAUGAGGCCUUGAUUGGCAAACCCAGCACGGUCACCUACCGCUACGCUGAGUACUUGAUCAAGGAGCAAGCCCAGAAGCAGGGCUGGGCCUCCCCCAUCCGCCGCCUCUAUGCCGUUGGGGAUAACCCCAUGUCUGAUGUCUAUGGGGCAAACCUCUACAACAACUACCUCAAGUCAGCUCCGCGGAGCCAUGCGCAGGCUGGGGUGAAGAGGAGCCCGGAGGCAGCCAGUGCCCAGAGCCAGCUGCGGGAGAGCUGCGAGGGCUCAGUGGAGAGCUGUGAGUCUAUCCUGGGCUCAGUGGAGAGCUGUGAGUCUAUCCUGGUCUGCACUGGGGUCUACCGGCACGAGGCAGCCACUGCCAGGGCGAGGCAGGAGGGCACAGCAGAGGCCGUGUUCCACGGCCAUCGGGACUUCUGCUUCGACCCCAGCCUGGUGGAGGCUUCUUACAUAGUGCAGGAUGUGAAUGAUGCUGUGCAGCUUGCUUUCAAGAAGGAGGACUGGAGCUAGGGUUAAGAGAGGUGUGCCUCAAGUUCUACCAUCAGGGAUUCUAUGUACUGGAGAGGGAAGAGGGAAAGAACAGGGAGAGUCCUGGAGCAGUCUCCUAAUCUAGCCAAGGUUGUCUCAGCACUGGAAGCCCCUGGAUUUUGAUACUCCUGUGCAAUCCUGAGAGCUGCCAGCAGGCUUUCCACUGUGAAUGUGCAUUGCUGCCACCAACAACUGAGCC